AUGAGGAAAAAUGAACAAAAUUCGCAGCCAUUUGAGACGAAACGGAAAGAACUAAAAAGAAAACGAACUUAUGAAGCCAAAAGCUACAUGUUUCAUUUAAUCUCUUCCAUAAUUAUAUGUCGAUUGGGAGAUUCAAUUGUUUUAGAAUACUCCACUUUGUGGGCUUUUUGUGGGAAACCGGAUAUCUAA